AUGCCCACGUCGUCGGCCGGGCACACAGGCGCGACCCUGGCACCUCCUGCGCAGUCCACGACCGCUUCGUCCGCCGAGGCCGUCCAGUCGAAGCGCGACCUGACAUCGUGGUGGAAGAACUUCAAGCGGACCACUCCUCAGAGGGUGCAAGAAGAGAAGGGUACUUAUCUCCAUNGCUCGUGCUGUGCCGUGCUCUGCGGUUUGCGCAGCGUCCUCUCGUCGCCGCCGUCACAUGCUAAUUCGUUGCUUUGUCGCGCAGCUCCCCAGGGCAUCUUUGGCGUCCCUCUCCAGACCAGCAUCCGCUACGCAAAUGUCGCCAUCUCGCUGUUCAACGAACAGGGCCAGAGCUACAUCUACGGCUACGUCCCCAUAGUCGUCGCCAAAUGCGGCGUCUAUCUGAAAGAGAAGGGUACGUCCACAACACGUCCGAACCCUCACAUGCCAUGCGCUAACCCCAGCCAUANNGCUACCGAUGUCGAGGGCAUCUUCCGUCUGAGUGGAUCCGAGAAGCGCAUCAAGGAACUGCGCAUUGCCUUCGACUCUCCCGACCGCUACGGCAAGGGUCUCGACUGGAGCGGCUAUACCGUCCACGAUGCCGCCAACAUCCUGCGCAGAUACUUCAACCAGCUCCCCGAACCCAUCAUCCCUCUUGAGUUCUACGAACGCUUCCGCGACCCGCUUAAGAACCACCAAGCACAAGCCGUUGGCUCCAUGGAUAUGCAAGCUCCCAACAUUGGUCAUUUCGACCCUGUCAAGGCUAUCCGCGUCUACCAGAGCCUCAUCACUGAGCUGCCUCCUCUGAACCGCCAGUUGCUCUUGUACAUUCUCGACCUCCUUGCGGUCUUUGCUUCCAAGUCGGACCUCAACAAAAUGACUACCCCCAACCUUGCUGCCAUCUUUCAGCCCGGUCUCUUGUCGCAUCCCCAGCACGAUAUGGCCCCUGCCCAAUAUCGCCUCAGCCAAGAUGUUUUGAUUUUCCUCAUCGAGAACCAGGACUCGUUCCUGAUUGGCAUGCACGGCACCGCUGCUGACGAAAAGACAGUCAAGGAAGUUCAGAGCGGCGCACCUACCNCCAAGACUCCAGGAUCGCCUCUGACCCCUGCGAGAUCGAAGACUCUACUCGGUCGUUCAGCAUCCAACGCUAGUGCCGGUGCUGAUAGUGUCCGUUUGUUUGGCAAUCUUCGCAGAAAUGUCUCUGUAUCCUCGAGAGCUUCCAAGCGCUCUGCCCAUCUUCAAGGCCAUGUUACGCCUACCCUCGGCAGCCCUGCCAACUCUGGGGGUAUCCAUCGCAGUAACACUGUUCCUUCGAAGCAUGGCGCAUCUCCACAUUUCCGUCGUGAAAAGAGCUCCGAGCCGCCUACUCCUAGUCCUGGUUCUGGUUCAAGCCCUCUGUCUACCGUUGUUGACACUACGUCAGUCGCCGAGAACAGCAUCUCUGAAGAACGUACACCUGUUGCUCCCACACCUGCUUUGGGUUUCCCAACAGCCGCACCCGUAUCAGUCGUUGCGGCCCCUGCAGCCUUUCAACCUUCUCAGGCUGUACCUCUUGCACCCGAAAUCAUCUCAGCGUCGUCUAGCGAAGCAACCACUCCACUUGCUACUCAUGGUACGGAGACAAUGGGUCUGCUGCAAAGAGAGCACACUCAGUCCAGCACUACACCUUUGCACAUCACCUCGCCGACUGGUGACCGAAGAGUGAACCCUGCUGAUCGUUCCCCUUCCGGCACCCCUUCUCGCGCCAUCUUGGAUUUCCUGAAGCCCUCUCCUGGAGGUAGUGAUAGUGAGAGAAGAGAGGGCCGCAAGCCUAAUAAGCUACAGAAGAAGCGUAUCCCUGGAAGUGCACUUUCAAGUGCUCACAGCUCUGCCCACUCUCUUCAGCAGGAGCCUGAACCACUCAACGAUUACUUCGCUUCUCCAACGACUCCGAUUUUGGAUUCACGCGCUCAGGAUUAUAUCAACGAGUAUAGCAAUGACCGUUCUGCAUAUGCUACAGCUCAGACAUCUCCGAAGUUUAUGACUCCGCAGCGAACAGAGACGGACGCCACUCUUAGACCUACAGUGUCGCCGGCACACUCGUUCCACUCCACAGAUGUCACAGAUGUGACCGAUGCUUCUGACGUAGACCACCCUGACCAGUUCCAGUCCUCUGCCGAAAAGCCAGAAAAGAAACGCCGCUGGCGAUUCUCAAGACCUGCUGAGAACCGUGAGGGCAACGACCAUGUUCGCACAAAUUCCCAUCUUGGUAAUACGAACAGUGCGGAUCAGAGCAAGUCUACUAUCAGUAGCUCGAGUGGCGGACAACCCCGACGCAGCUUCCAGGAUAGCCAUGUCAUGUCUGAUCCCGAGUCUAUGCUGUCUGACAGUGACAACAAGAAGGGCCCUAUGAGCUGGAUCAGGAGUAAGCUGACCGAGCGCAAAGAACGUGAAGCAGAAAGAAGAGCACGAUCGCCGAUUAAAGUUCUGAAGGAGGAGCAUAACGGCUCUAGACAAAGCCUCAAUGCACCGGCAGGCACAGGAAAGAGCUUCGAGCUAUCAAGGCAGCGAUCUCCUACAGCACAACGAAAUGUACCCGAGACCAGCACCGCCAAUGUGCAUGGUGCCUCCCCUUUGGCAGCAUUGGACCCCCAGCUUCCUGGACAAGCUGAUGCUGCCCCUGUCGCAGUCAGUGAGAGUCAAACACAGGUUGCCCAAACAUCUGGACUUGCUCAGUCCGAUAUUCCUGAGCGCACUCAGCCAAAGCAGACUCAACCGUUCGAUGCCACCUCGAAUGCUCAAACCUAG